GACGGUCUGAGCAGAAGUGACAACGUGACGUAACUUUUGUCACACUAGCAAGAACCCAGACGGUGUACGUUUCACCUCCACGGCUGGUGAUUCGAAAGGAGUUUGGGCCGGCCAUCCAUCGACGAUAAUUUGAUACAGUAUAGGCAGCCAAAUCUUCAGAGAUGAUGAUAGUUGCGGUGGCUCUGAUUUUGGGUGUCUUAUUUGGAGGAUUCAUUCUGAUACCGCGAGGCAGUAAAUCUGGUCAGACCGAAGUUUGUUCAAAUGCUAGCGAUAAUAAGGCAUCCAAAAUCUAUAGUAAAGCUGAUGUCUCUUUGCAUAAUAAGAGAACUGAUUGUUGGAUCAUUAUCAAGGACAAGGUAUAUGAUGUUACAUCAUACGUAGAGGAACAUCCAGGUGGUGAUGCCAUCCUAACACAUGCUGGGGAUGAUUCAACUGAAGGGUUCUUUGGACCGCAGCAUGCUACCCGAGUCUUUGACAUGAUCGAUGAUUUUUACAUUGGAAAUCUGGAGCAGUAAUUUCACGGCCAUUGUUUUGUAAAAUAAAUGAGAUAUUGUACAUUAAUAAUCUAGUUUUUCUUUAUUGCCUCUCAUUGAUGCAAUCAUUGCUUCUAUAGGUCAUGAACAUGUUUUAUGUUCAGUUUCUUUCUUGGAUUAAUUCGAUGCUGAAAUUUUUCUUCA